AUGGAUAACAGUACAUCUAUAAAGUGUUUCCAGAUUGUAGCUUUUUCUGACAGUACAAACAAAACUCCACUUUUCUUUGUAUUUUUCUUCCUUUAUAUAUCUGGUAUACUCGGUAACACAGUCAUUAUUUCAACUGUGAUCAUUGAUGUCCAUCUCCAUACCCCCAUGUACAUCUUUCUCUGUAACUUGUCAUCCGUUGACAUCAUUUUCACAUCAUCCACUCUCCCAAAACUGAUGGACAUUCUGCUCUCAGGAAAUAACUCAAUAUCCUUCAUACAAUGCUUCACACAACUGUACUUCUUCAUGUUGGCAGCUGGCACAGAGGACAUCCUGCUUUCAUGUAUGGCAUAUGAUCGAUAUGUAGCUGUCUGUAAGCCCUUACAUUAUCACCUAAUUAUGAGAAAGAAGAAAUAUGUCAUUCUUUUAAUGGCCACUUGGAUAACUGGAUCUUUAAAUUCCCUAUUUAUGACUCUCUCAAUCUACCAGUUAGACCAGUGUCGCUCUAAUAAAAUCCAAAAUUUCUUCUGUGACAUUAAAGCAUUGGAGAAGAUAUCUUGUAACGACACCGGAUUUCACAUCAUACUCUACAUAGAAACGAUGAUACUUGCUCUCUGUCCAUUUCUGCUCAGCGUAACGUCCUACAUUAAAAUUAUCCAGAGUAUUCUUAAUAUCAAAUCUACGAAUGGUAGAAGAAAAGCCUUCUCCACAUGCACAUCCCAUCUUACCGUCCUUAUUAUUUUCUAUGGCACUGGUCUGUGUAUGUAUAUGAAACCUCCAUUAGAGUAUUUAGAGGAGCAGGACUUAGUAUACUCAGUAUUGUAUACUGCUGCAACUCCCAUGUUGAACCCCCUUAUAUAUAGUCUAAGGAAUAAAGAGGUAAAAGGUGCAUUGACGAGAAUUGUUGGUAAAAGUAGUAACAUCAGAGAUUUCUAA